AUGCCUCUCGGCGACAAGCCUCGCCAGCCUCAGCUGAGCGCAGGACCUCCCCGAAGCAUGACCCGAACGCCCCUGACCCCCAAGGUUGCCGUCAAGGGCCCGUCAGCGACCACGCCGCUGGCUCGCAAAUCUGGCUCAUCUGUAGUCGGCGCGCAAUCGCCGCAUAGCGAGAGCGGUGCUGCUACUUCAGCUUCAUAUUUCAACCAUGCCGUGACCCCGCGGUCGGCCCCCCGACAGUCCCGUGCCGAAAGCGUUGUCUCGACGCAGAGCAGCACGCCAAGUAUGAGCGACGGGUGGGAGACGAAGAGCAACCGCGGGCUGGGCAUGUCGCCGCUGGCACGAACCGACAACCUGAGCGCCAGAAAGAGCAUUGGAAACUCGUCAAACGGACCCGACCACGACUCAAAGUUCUUCUACGCGAGCAGCAUAAAGCCCGCGGCCCAGGCACCACCGCCCCGACCGGCUUCGGUCGUCCAUACCAAGAGUACGCCGACCUUCUUCUAUGCUAGUGACGCCGCCAGCAAGCGAGUGACGAGCCCUCCGGCAUACCCCAGCUCAAGCACCCAUUCGCUGAGCUCGGCGCAAGAGGGCGUUGCUACCAAGUUCUUCUACGCCAAUGGCACGCCAGAUGUCGACGCGAGACUGUCAGCGCGCAGUUCCGGAUCGGGCUCAACAGUCUCCAGCAGCUCCAAGGCAACGCGCCCCAACACCAGCAACUCCUCGGCCGUGGGAUCCAGCACAACCCAGCUAUACUCACGGCCAGCAUCGCCUUCCAAAAAUCUCACCCACCCUACACUACCGCAACAGCAACAUCAAAAGCAGCAACCAACGCUACGGGCCAGUGCCAUGUCGCCCACAUCUCCAAUCAGAGCUUCCGCUCAUGCGCCCCCGAUGCUAGCGGCCACGACAACCCAGGCCAACAAAAGGCGAGUGAGUAUUGAGGCGCCUCUACGGUUGAAUCAGGGGCACGGUCGUACGAGCAGUGUUCAUUCUAUAGAUGGAGUAGCAGCACCAAAACUUGCCUCGCCCACAAUCGCACCACCCAUGAUCCAUGCGCCUGAAAUGACGCCGCCGCUUUUAAGUCCCGCUUUGGCGCAUUUAUCACAGCCAGUGACGAUGGCUUCGAUUUUGCAAAUGGCUGAUGAAUUAGAAGAUGAAGAGGACGACGACGAAGAGGAUGGAAGCGAAGGCGAAGGGGAGGACGGGGAGGAUGGGAACAGCGAUGACUCAGAAACUGACUCCAUCAGUCGGAAGAGGUCAUCUCAGAAUUCCGAGUCCCUCAACCAUCUGGUCCUGAGCGCCCGGCGUGAACGCAAAGUUCAGGACCUAGAAAUUACCAACGCUUCUCUUGAGGCCAUAAAUAGAACUCUUGAGAGGCAACUGCGCAAGCAAUCUGCCGAAUUGCGCCGCUUCCGACGCCUAUCGAGAGCUGGUCGCCUUGCAAGCGGCUCUGCGGCCUCUACCCAGGGAGGAGCCUCUCUAGCAGUGCCGGAUGCUUCAGGUGGCCUCACUGAUGUCAGUGAGAAGGAAGAGGAUGCGGGCCCGGCAAAGCCCAACGACGAAUACGAAGACGAUGAAGACGAAGAGGAGGAGGAGGAAGACGAUGAGGAUGAAGACUCGCUAGUCGAUUCUGAGUUAUCCAACGGAAAUGCUGCCGCCGACUCGAAGUCUAGCGGCGCACCCUUAAAGGCAGAAUCUCCUGGAGAUAAACGGCGUAAGCGCGAUGAGCGCCGUCUCCAACUCGAUCUCACCAAGCACCAGGAGCUCUUGCUUGAUAGCCAGAAGAUGAAUCAAAGUCUCAAGAAAUGCCUAAAUUGGACGGAUUUGCUCAUCAAGGAAGGGCAAAAGGCAUUGGCAUACCGCGUCAGAAUUGCCGACGUGGACGCCAUGCCCGGUCGUGUCCUGGCGGCUUCAUAUUACGACUAUGGUGACGACACAUCUCAAGUCGAAGACGAUACAAUAUCUACCGUUUCUGUUGGGGACGAUACAGUAUCAAAUAUGGAAUCCGAAGCCGAAGCAUGGCCAAAAGAAUCACAGGAUCGCGAUAGCGGCAUAGCACUGCCCGUUGCGGGCCAUUAG